GACCAAAUGAUAUUUGUUAAGUUAAAUAUAAUUUUUAUAGUGUACAAUUUAUUAGUUAGACCCAUGCCUGCUUUAGAUGCGCCACAAGUGUAUCAUUAUUAUCAAACCACCAGAUACACCAUGCAAAACGAAUGGCCACCCAAGCCACCAGAUAUGGAAAUACCAAAUGCACCCUCAGCACAACCACCUUUGCCACAGCCGGCCGCCUAUUAUUUAGCACCGGUAACAGUGCCGAUAUUAAUGCCGCCACCAGCACCACUGUCAACAACAACGACUACCACCAUCACUGCACCAACAACGACCAUGAAACCUUUUAUGGUCCCCAGUGUUAAACCGGUAUUAUUUUUCAAACCUCCCUUAGUGCCAGCGGUAUUUCCAAAUAAAUUAACCAGCGAUUUGGACGAUGCAACGGCCAAUGUAACUCCUUUAAAUCCAGCUCCAAUGUUAAAACCAAAUCCUUUUGUUAAUCCUCAGGGUAAAAAAAUUCAAUUUUCUUCCAAAAGUGGUGCUGGAAAUCCCCUACACACCAAUAACUUUAAUAAGUUCAAUAAUGGACCACAGCGCAGAGAAGAGGGCUCCUUCUGUCGACGCAGUUUUGAUGGACGUAGUGGUUAUUGUAUAUUGGCCUAUCAGUGUCUGCAUGUUAUACGUGAAUAUCGGGUACACGGUACUAAAAUCGAUAUUUGUACGUAUCGCAAGAAUAUACCAGUGAUAUGUUGUCCCCUGGCCGAUAAACAUAUUGAUGAUCAGCGGAUUAGUGCACAGAAAUGCCAAGAAUAUCAUGAUGCUGUUAGGGGCAUUAAAUUAGGUUUACCGCGAAACUUUUCGGGUAAAAUGUGUGUAGCCAGUAUACCAUUAAUUGUGGGUGGAGAAAUUACCCAAAGAGAUGAAUAUCCUCAUAUGGCCGCUUUGGGGUGGACUCAAAGUGAUAAAGAACUGAAAUGGGGCUGUGGCGGUACUCUAGUCAGUGAUCUAUUUGUGUUGACGGCCGCUCAUUGUGCUACAUCAGGAGGCAAACCACCCGAUAUGGUACGAUUGGGUACAGAAAAUCUCAAUCGCACCACCCACGAGCAACAGGACAUAAAAAUCCUCAUUAUUAUACUACAUCCCAAAUAUCGUUCCUCCUCAUACUACCAUGAUAUAGCGCUACUGAAACUCACUAAACGUGUACGUUUUUCACAGCACAUACAACCCGCAUGCCUUUGGCAAUUACCCGAUUUAGACAUGUCUACAGCUAUAGCCACUGGUUGGGGCCGUACUGAGUUUUUGGGUCCCAAAUCCGAUGAGCUGCAAAAGGUCGAUCUAAAUAUUAUCGAUCAAAAGACAUGCAAGGAAAUCUAUCGCAAAGAAAGACGUUUGCCUCGCGGCAUAAUAGAGGGCCAAUUUUGCGCUGGCCAUUUGGAGGGCGGUAAGGAUACGUGCCAGGGAGAUUCUGGCGGUCCAUUGCAUGCAGAACUGCCGGAAUUUAAUUGUGUUAAAUUUAUUAUUGGCAUCACAUCGUUUGGUAAAUUUUGUGCAGCACCCAAUGCACCGGGUGUUUAUACGAAAAUUUAUUCUUAUUUGGACUGGAUUGAAAAGAUAGUAUUCAGGGGCUGAUUUAAUUGUGGAAAUUAUGAAAUAAAUUUAAAAUGUAGAAUAAACGUAAAUGUAAAAUAUAUUUUUUGUGUGUGUUUUAAAGAA